AUGAUAAGGAUAUAUAGAAAAGUGAAAGGUGUUGAUAAUUAAAAAUUAUUUAAGAACAAGACAUAAUAUUCUCAUUGCUAUCAUGAAACUUAAUAUAAAAGUUUAAAACCUAUUCUUGAUGUUGGAUUGUAACCAUCUGGAGCAUAAACAAAAUAUGGAAAAAUAAAAACGCCUAAUGGUCAUAUUCAAUUAGGGACAACAGUUGAUGGAAUUGAAAAUUGGACAGGAGCUAUUUUCACAAGUCCCAGUCCUUUUUAUGCUGCUGUUGUCUUGUAGAAGCACUAAUAAAAAUAGGUGGAUUUAGAGAAUACAAAUCGACAAUUUUAACAAGGGGUUUUAAAAUUCCUAAUGAACCUUAAAUGUGGAGUAUAGAAUUGA